AUGUCUGUGUUUGUCCCCCCAGGACGCCCCACGGGCUCCACUCCGUGCAGCCCCCAGACGCUGCGGACCCUGGCGCCCCACCAGGAGCUGCUCAGACAGGGCCUCCUCUCCAGGACUGCGGCUUCCCACGGCGGCCACGCAGCCAGAGCCCGGUCUCUUCGGGCCUGCGGUCUCCUGCCUGGCUCCUCCAUCAGCGCCGCUCUCCGGAGCUCGGCUCUCCCUGUGCUUCCCAGCCCUUGCCGGGCCCGGCCGCCGCCGCGGGGCACGUCCCGCACCGCAGCGCCGAGGGCAGGCCCGGCCGGGGGCGGAGGGCGCGGGGCAGGGCGGGCGCGGCGCGUCGUCUGGAGGAACGUGGCGCCGCCGGGCCCGCUGCACGCGGCCGCCCUGUCCUCGCUGGCGCUGGUCCCCGCCGCGCGGCCGCUCACGCUGCUCUGGGCCUACUUCUGCUUCCUCCUGAACGCCCUGGGCGUGACAGCCAGUGCCCAUCGCCUGCGGAGCCACAGGUCCCACAAGGCCCAGCUGCCCCUGAGGAUAUUCCUGGCUGCUGCGUACUCCAUGGCUUCCCAGAAUGACAUCUUCGAGUGGGCCAGGGACCACCGAGUCCACCACAGGUACUCGGAGACCGAUGUGGACCCUCACAACGCCCACCGGGGCUGCUGCUUCUCGCACAUCAGGUGGCUGUUUGUGCGCAAACACCGGAACGUCAUUGAGAAGGGGAGAAAGCUUGACCUCACUGACCUGCUGGCGGAUCCUGUGGUCCGAUACCAGAGAAAGUACUAUAAGAUCACCGUGGUGCUCAUGUGCUUCGCGGUCCCCACGACGGUGCCCUGGUGCUUCUGGGGGGAGAGUCUGUGGAACUCCUACUGCUUGGCUUCCAUCCUCCGCUACACCAUCUCCCUCAACGUCACUUGGCUGGUCAACAGUGCUGCCCACAUGUACGGGAACCGGCCCUACGACAAGCACAUAAGCCCCUGGCAGAACCUGCUCGUCACUCUGGGUACCAUUGGUGAAGGCUUCCACAGUUACCACCACACCUUCCCCUUAGACUACUCCGCAAGUGAAUUCGGCUUACAUUUCAACUCAACCACCUGGUUCAUUGACCUCAUGUGCUGGCUGGGGCUGGCCCCUGACCGCAAACGGGCGACCAAGCCGAUGAUCGAGGCGCGGAAAGCCAGGACUGGAGAUGGGAGCUUGUGAUCGUGGGGCCGGCGUCUGCUAUGUCUGCCAUCGACACCUGAGUUCAUGGCUCCUGUUACUGUAGUUCUCUUGUGCGUUGGAUGUGGGUGGGGGUAGAGGGUAGGGAGGGAACAGAAUCUAUGGGGUUUGGGAACUUUCUCUUUGUCUCAAAAUAAUGUCAACUGUCAAUGAAAAAAAAUUUUUAACAUCACUGUAACUAUGAUUUAACAUUAGAGUGUAACACGUGAUUUAGUCGCCGUAGCUACAGUACGUCAAACACACAUGGUCACGUGCUUGUACGUGAUGUUGACCCUGACAGGAUGAAGGAGCUUAAUACUGUCUCAGUGUGAUUCAGGAGAGCGUUAGUUUUCUUUUCUAGCAGUG